AUGAAGCACUGGGGAUCGAAUUCACAAUCUUUUGAUGUAUUUGAAGAUGUCUUAACCAAGUACUACCACUUCCUGGUCCCUUUGAACCCUCUUAGCAAAAUAGAUAAAACCCUUGUCUUUCUCACUGGGAAUGAACAAAUGGUAACCAAGUUUCUUCUCCCUCUCACAAUUAUCUCCCCAACCACCACCACCCAAUUAUUUCUGUCCCCAAAACCCCAUCUCUCAAAGCUCACCAUUAUUUCUCUUUUCUCUACUCUAACUUCUACCACCUUACCUGCACAUCAACCCACCAUUUCCCCAAAAGCCUUCCUUUAUGGCCCCUCUCUUUCAAAAGGCAAAUACCCUCAACCCCAGUUGAACCCAAAACUCCUUAAUGGAGAUGAAAAACACCCAGAAGAGAGAAAAGAAACAAUCUUUGAUGAUGAUUGUGUUAUAAAUGAGGAAAAUUUCAUAAGGGUAUUUGAUGUAGCUGCACUUAGAGUUCCUGCUAAGGAUUGUUUUGCUUUGGAGAGUAGAAUCCGUGGCCAUUUGUUGAACUGCCCGCGGGUUCGGAACAUUGCUAGAGUUUCUGGUGAUGAGGUUGAUGAUGGGAUUGUUUCUUUGUUGGGAGAUGAUAGUAGUGGCAGUGAAGAAGAGGAGAAAAUUGAUGUGUUGGAUAGGAGGAUUUAUGGGAGAGCAGAAGGGGAUGGGGAGCAACUAAGUCCUGUUUUGUAUAGGGAGAAGUUGGCUAAUGAGUUUAAUUCUAGAGGGUUUUUGAAGUUUAGGAAUUUAGCUAAGAUUUCGCGGCCGCCGAAGCGGAAGAAAAAGGAGGGAGGAGGGAGUGAGGGAAUUAAGAAGAGAAAUGCGAAGGAUGAAUUUGCUUCUGUGGAAGUUGUGGAGGAGGAUGAGGGGAGAGAUGAUUGGAAACGUUUAUUGGGGGAUGAGUUUGAAGGGAGGAGGAAGUGGAGAGGUUCGACGAGAUUGUUGCUUUUGGAUGAGAGGUAUGCAGAUAAGAGAAUGGAGGAUUUGCCUCAAGCUAUCAAGGUUGCUUUACAAGAAGCCAUGAAAGAAAAUCCCACUUCUACUUUUGAGCUUGUUAGAUGCAAGUUGACUUUGUUUUAUGAUUAUUGGCAGAUGAAUGAGGUCUUGGAGGCCAUGCUGCCAAAAGGUGCAAUUAUUCCAUCAGCUUUUGAGACAGUUGGGCAUAUUGCACACUUGAACUUGCGAGAUGAGCAUAUGCCAUACAAGAAGCUUAUAGCGAAGGUAGUCCUGGAUAAAAAUAAGCCCAAGAUAAAAACCGUUGUAAAUAAGAUUGAUGCCAUACAUAAUGACUACAGAACGAUGCAGCUUGAGGUUUUAGCAGGAAAUCACUCCCUGGUGACCAUGGUAGUUGAGAACGGACUACGAUUUCAUGUGGAUUUAUCAACGGUGUAUUGGAAUUCAAGGCUUGCAACUGAAAGACAAAGGCUUCUGAAUGGUUUUACGCGCAAUGAUGUUGUUUGUGAUGUUUUCUCUGGUGUUGGCCCAAUAGCUCUAUCCGCCGCAAAAAUAGUAAAGCGUGUAUAUGCCAAUGAUUUGAACCCUUUUGCUGUAGAUUAUUUGGAGAGAAAUAGUGUCUUAAACAAGCUUGAGAAGAAGAUUAAGGUUUUUAAUAUGGAUGGAAGGAGAUUCAUUGAUGCUAUAUUCUCAAGUGACAGAGCUCAGACCAUCACACAGGUGGUUAUGAAUUUGCCUAAUGAUGCAGUAGAAUAUCUAGAUGCGUUCAGGGAAAUAUUCAAAGAUAAACCCAACAAACGAGAAAUAAAUGCUUUACCAAUGAUCCAUGUUUAUGGGUUCUCCAAAGCUCGAGAUCCAGAAUUCGACUUUCAUGAGCGGAUAAGGAUUGCCUUAGCGGAGGUAGCCGUGAACGUAGAAAUGCGUCGGGUACGUCUAGUUGCUCCGGGAAAAUGGAUGUUAUGUGCAUCAUUUAGGGUUCCUGAGAGUGUAGCAUUUGGAAAGACCAAGUUAAAUAAAUAGAUCAACCUCAAAGUUGUAUAUCAGUUUUCUUCCAUAUUUAUAUCAUCGAUUCAAUUAAUUUUUGAUCACUUUGCUAGUA